UCCAUGGCGCUGACAGUGCUGAAUGAGCUCCUGAUUGAGGACCCAAGCCCACCUCUGCUGCUCUACCAGCUUAACAAGACUGCCCAGUUGGAGACCCUCAACUAUCAGAGCUGCUAUAUGCAGAGGGUCUUUACCCAUUUUCCCGAGAUCUUAUUUAUCCACCGGACCUAUAACCCGAGGGGUGAGGUGUUAUACACCUUCCUGGUGGAUGGACCCCGGGUGCCGCUGGAGGGUCAUCUUUCCCGGGCAGUCUACUUUGCCAUUCUUGCCAAGGAGGAUGCUGAAGGCUUGGCCCAUAUGUUCCAGGUGUUCAAGAAGUUUAACCCAGCAUGGGAGAGAGUCUGUACCAUUCUGGUGGAUCCCUACUUCCUCCUGCUGCCCACCCUCGCUAUGGAGUUCCCCGCAGCUGAGGUUCUGCUCUCGGCCUUCCACAUCUGUAAGUUCCUCCAGGGCAAGUUCUGUCAACUGGCCCUCGAGCAGCCGGUAGAGAGGCUGCUCCUGACCGCCCUGCGGAGCACCAUGUGCUCGGCCACAGCCGGGAACCUGCGGAAGCUGUACGCACUGCUGAACACCUGCAUCCCGCCGGCCCAGCUGCCCGCGCUCCACUCACACUGGCUGCUCAACGACCGCAUCUGGCUGGCCCACCGCUGGAGAAGCCAAGCCGAGAGCAGCCGCUAUUUUCAGGGCCUGGAGGUCACCACCCGCCUCCUCAGCCAGUUCUUUGGCACCACCCCAGUGGUGGAAAAAGGCAUGAGCGCCCUGCUGCAGUACCUGCAGCAGAACUCGGGAGACAAGGUGAGUUUCAACCUGGGCCCGAGUCCCCCGAACCAUUACACCCCCUUGGAGGGCAGUCCCAAAAGCCCCAAAGUGGAGCAGUUGGUGGAAGCUCGCAUCCAGCACUCACUUAAUGCCAUCUGCACGGGGCCAGCCGCCCAGCUCUGCCUGGGCGAGCUUGCUGUGGUCCAGAAAUCCAUGCACCUCAUCGGCUCCGGUUCCGAAAAGGUGAACAUACAGAUCCUGGAGGACACCCACAGGGUGCAGCCCCAGCCCCCAGCCAGCUGCAGCUGCUACUUCAACCAGGCCUUCCGCCUGCCCUGCCGUCACAUCCUGGCCAUGCUCAGCGCCCACCGCCAGGAGCUCCAGCCCGACAUGCUGCCUUCUGAGUGGACGGCAGACUGUGCCCCCAACCUCAGAGACAUCCUGGGCAGCACAUGGAGUGAGACCCUGGAGAAGCGCUUGGCUGUGGCUCUCCUCACAGAGGAGGUGAGUCAGCUCCUGCAGCAUUGCAGCCAGGAGGAGUUUGAACGGCGGUACAGCACCCUGAGGGAGCUGGCCGACAGCUGGAUUGGCCCUUAUGAGCAGGUACAACUCUGAUUACCCAUGAUGCUUAUCCUCGUGUAUCACUUACAUCCCCCUACACACACCCUUCCCCCAGUACUCACUGCUGUACUUCCUCAGACCCUCCUUCCAGGGAAGAAGCACAAGGGUCUUCUCUUCUGCAGCCCGCUACCCAUGUGUCUAGAUUCCUAAAACAGGAGGCAGCAAAGCUGUCCUGUAAAGGGCCCGGUAGUCAGUAUCCUAGACUUUGCUGGGCACUUACAGCCUGUUGUAUAUUCCUGCUUCUUUGUUGUGUGGGUUUUUUUUUUUUUUUUCCCUAACAACCUUUUCAAAAAGUAAAACCCAUUCUUAGCUCAAGGGCCUUAACAGGUAAUACGUGCUCUAGGAUAAGAGAUAAGACACUGAGUGAAGAUGAAGAUUAGGACUUGGUAAGAGCUUCCACAGUCAUGAGACGACACCUUACUCACAGAGGAGAAGGCCCCCCAGAGGCUGAGAGCCUGGCUCUCAGCCUCACCACCUGCCAAGCUCCCCCCAUCCUGAGGUUAUUAAAGUGAAUGUUGUCUGUUUUA